UCAAAUAAACGUCUCCCGUUGACGUCGUCGUUCGCUAAUUCCAGCCAGCCAGACAAACUUGGUGACCAGCGAGGCAUCUGUGCGAAGUUCUGUCGUGGAUCAUUUUUCAUCCGACACGGAUACCCACUACGUGUGUUAUUUGCGCUUCAGAAAAGGUUUCGGUCGUCUGUCGAAAAGAAGAAUCGUAAAAUUGCCUUUUCGUUUCCCCCAGCGAAGCAACAACCAAAAGGAGCUCCCAACAUUAGAGAAAAUAAGACUUGCAACAAUUUAUUUGCUAAAAAACCAACAAACAAGUCCAGGGAGUAGCACUGAUAGCGAAUCAUCCCAGCACUUUCCCCCGGAAGCACUAAAGGAAGAUUUGCACAUACCCCCUUGACAUCUCAAAACCAAGCACAGACAACAGCAAUGGCUCCCCAGCAGAGAAUCCGCAUGGCCAACGAGAAGGCCAGCCGCAACAUUACCCAGCGCGGUAACGUGCCCAAGUCGACCAAGACCGCCGAAGAAAAAUACCCCGUCGGACCGUGGCUGCUGGCGUUGUUCAUCUUCGUCGUGUGCGGUUCGGCCAUAUUCCAGAUCAUCCAGUCGAUCCGUAUCGCGUAAUGAACGACCAGCGAUACACUGAACGCAUCUCAACAAGUAACACAACACGUGUUUCCUUUUUUUUGUAAACACCACUAUUAAGUACUACCUACUAUUACCGCAUACAGAUAGUGGACAGGGGAAGAGGAAGGAGUGGGGACAUACAGAUUUUGCCAACGUCCGAGAAAGUCAUUUCUCCACUGUUUAUGUUUUAAUUUUGUUUUUUUUUUCAGUGUGAAACUUUGACCUCAUCUUUCAAAGCAAUUCCUUUUGAUUCGCUGAGAGGAUCGAGGGGAGGAGUCACUGAUUAUAAAUUUUGUCUUUACAACACUGUACAAUGGUUUGACACAAAUGAUAAAAGCAAAUAAAGGGAAACAAAAAGCACACAAUACGCAAAUAUUCCAUUUUUUUUGGGUUGGCAGCAUUUACCAUUUAAAGGUUGGUAGAAAUAUGACGCAAUCGUUAUUCAUGUACGUUUACAGAUUUAAAAUUGAUUGGACAAGGCGAAAAAACAUUCAAACACUCUAUUUGUUCUUAAAUUUUGCAAUAUAUACCUAUUGAUUGUAUUACAAAUUAUGUAAAUUUGAUAAGCUUUUACCUUUUUUGAUAUUCUUUAUUUUAUUUUAUUUUUUUGAAAAUUUGCGUUCAACUAGCUAAAGCAAACUUUGUGAACCGAGAAGAUUCAAUUUACGUUGUCUUAGAUAAUAUAUAAAUUUCAAACAAAAAAUACCGAAAGACACAAACACACAAGAAUUUGCCUAACAAAAUCGACGAUUGUGACCGGAUCCUCAUUUUUACUUCUUAAAAGGGGAAUUGUAGAAAAAUAGUUGGAAACAUGAUAACCAUUCAGUCACAUACACACAUCAAACAUUACAGUUGGGCCAGAAAAAAAGAAUAAAUUGGACCGCGCCGAAUCAAUCGGAAAUGCGGUCUGAUGGAACCGUUUGCAAUAAAUACACAUAGAAUCGGCAAUGAAAAUGUAAUAUGAGUAAAUAUAUUUAAAUGUGAAAAUCUUUAAUCUUAAGCAAA